AUGCCCGAAGUCCCUGAGAACAUGCAAGAUAAUCUCGCGCACUUCGAGCUCGACGCCUCGUCCUCCUCCUCCAACUUGCGCCCUCACCAGCACCAGCAGCAGCAGCAUUAUCCAAGUCGUGGCUCCUCGAUGCAUAACCAAGGAGCGCCGGGCUUCUCUGCGCCGGGCUCUCCGUCCUAUCCCCCGCAGCAGCAGCAGCAGCAGCAGUACGGCGGCGGUAGUGGCGGCGGCUACGAUGCUCCAAACUUCUCCCCUUUUCCGCCACUCGUGAACCCGCCGCCAAAUGUGCCUCCAACGGACGAGGAGCGCGAGGCCAACCUCGAACAGGGCCGUAUGGCAGUCCUCGGCUCCAACGAUGCGGAAAUGCAGCUUGCCUGGGCGCAGGAUGCCCUCUCCUAUGUCGAGGUAGCCAUGCAGAACGAACUGCGCAACCAGGUAGCCUACCCGCCGCGGCCGCAGACACCGCAGAUCGAACACCAGCUCAAGACAGAUGCCAUUAAUAUCGUUUCUUUCCUGGCCGAACAGCUGCAUCCGCGGGCCAUGUUCAUUCAGGGCAUGUGGCUCGAGUUCGGCAAGUUUGGCUUCCGUGUCGACAAGAAGGAGGCUUUCCGGUGCUACUCCCGCGCCGCCGAGGGCGGCUAUGCACGCGCUGAGUACCGCAUGGGAAUGCAGUUUGAAAGUUCAAACGAGCCUCUCAAGGCUAUCAAACACUACGAGAAUGGUGUCAGGCUGGGUGACUCUGCUUCAUACUACCGUCUUGGUAUGAUGAUAUUGCUAGGACAGCAUGGUCAACGACAAGACUACGUAGUCGGACUCGACCAUAUACGCUAUGCUGCACAAACCUGCGACGAGAACGCUCCUCAGGGCGCCUACGUCUAUGGAAUGCUGCUAGCUCGAGAACUGCCUCAGGUCACUAUUCCUGAUGAGUAUCUCGCUCAUGACCUUGUCAAUGCCCGUAUCAACAUUGAAAAGGCUGCCUAUCACGGCUUUGCCAAGGCACAAGUCAAGAUGGGCUCUGCGUACGAACUUUGCCAGCUAGAUUGUGACUUCAAUCCGGCCCUGUCGAUUCAUUAUAAUGCCCUUGCUGCUCGACAGGGUGAGCCCGAUGCUGAGAUGGCUAUCAGCAAAUGGUUCCUGUGCGGUCACGAAGGCGUCUUCGAGAAGAAUGACGAACUCGCCUUUACCUAUGCCAAGAGAGCAGCUCAGUCGGGCCUGUCAACUGCCGAGUUUGCACUAGGCUACUUCUACGAGAUUGGUAUCUACGUUCCUGUAGAUAUCAAGGAAGCCCGAAGCUGGUACGCCAAGGCAGCUGCCAACGGAAACAAGGACGCUUCAGGACGAAUUGAAAGCAUCUCACGCUCCAAAACACUCUCUCGCAAGGAUCACGAAAAGGUGGCCAUUCAGCGCAUCAAAACACAGCGCACUCAGCAGCGCUUCUCCCAACAGUCUAAUCAUCUCCAGCAAGGCCAGCCUGUCCAAGACACUCUUGAGAUGCCCGAUCCAUCUCGCAUGAGCCUCAAUGACCCUUCCCGUCCCAUGUCAGCGGCUCCAUACCCUGACGGACCCCCCUCAGGACGCUAUGGACCAGGUCGGCCAGGUCCAGGACCAAACUCACACUCUUACGGUCCAGGGCCGGGCGAUCACCGCAGCUCUUCCGCUUUCGGUAUCAAUCCCAAUCUCCGCGCACACUCAGUUGGGCCACCAAUGGGACCACACGGAUAUCCACCGCAUGGUCGUCCACCAAUGGGUCCCGGUCCCGGCCCAGGAGGCCCCGGAGGUCCUGGUAUGGGACCAGGUCCACCAAAGCUGGAUAUCGGCUUCUCUGCUCCUCCAGACCCGUCCGGUGCAGAUAGAAGGAGGAAGCCGCAGCGUCCUCCUGGUGCACCGGGACCGGGACCAGGACCAGGACCCGGCCCUGGUGGAAACCGUAUGCCUUCCGCUCCUCCAUCAGGAAGGCCACACGGCGGACCACCUGGUGGCCGACCCGGUACCGCAGCUGGCCCGGGUCCAGGGCCAGGACCAGGGCCAGGACCUGCUCCGCAACCACCAAAGCAAUCUGCCACUGCACCUCCCGCUCCCGGUAAAGGCAAGGGCCCAAAGACGUUCGAGGAGAUGGGUGUGCCGCAGGGCAAGUCGGAGAGCGAUUGCGGCAAACGGGGAACAAAAAAAAGGGGUGGGGAGAAUGGUGUUCUCUAUUUCAUCUACUGCAUGUCGUUGCAAAAGUCGAUUUGCCACGUUGUUUCUUCUUCCUCUUCUAUCUUGGUAAAACUUAUUGAUUAA